AUGACCGUUCCUUUCCCAUCUACUUCUACUCCUGUUCCUCUCAACAUCCCAACUAGCUCAAGCUUUGAUAUCAAACACACCAAAGCGAGCUAUAUGCGUUCGAUCUCAACACAUUCGAUGGAUCUCAACGCACUCCAUUCAUCGAACUCGAUCGGAAGUCAACGAAAUUUCACUAGUGUUCAUCCAUCUCCUAACCAUCGUCCUACAUCUGUCGUCAAUCCUUCGUAUCCUUCCACUUCCACUUCGAGGGCUAGUCCCAAUCUGUCUUCAUCUCGACCUACAUCUGUUGUUUUACCUACCAUCAAACAUGGCUCGUCUGAUCACGUUCCAUCCACUGGCGAGUCUCUUGAACCCUCGCGUUUUCGUAACAAGAGCUUGAGAUCAAGUCCUAGUAAUGGUGAAUUGGCAUCUGCAUCUGCUAAUACUUCUACAUCUAUCACAUCUCGAUAUAAUCCACAACCACCUUCUCGAAUAAAGUCACCCUUGGGACAAGCUAUCUCUCGACCUGGUAGUAGUCAUUCUUCUAGGCCCGGUAGUAGUCAGUCUAUCAAAGCAAGUCACCAUCUCUCACAGCCCCUUCGAACUCGGACAUUGACUACUGCAGGGAAUAGUCAGCAACAACAGCAUUCAACCUCAAUCAGUCAAAGAGUCCUCAAACAUAAAAAGUCAGCCGUGUUUCACAAAAGCCUUACUUCUGGGGCCCAAGAUGAUUCACACAGUACACCUAAACAAACUACUCCUUCAUCUUUAUCACUAUUGACGAGUAGCUCUCAUCAAUCCUCCAAUCCCAACACUCAUCACAGUCGCCUUCUUGCUCGUAAACGGUCGAUGCCGUCCUUGAGUACGGAGACAGUGGAGAACCGGCAAUCAGUGGGAGUUUUCCCCAAGUCUACCGCUAUAUCUGGUACAUCAUCUUCAUUAUCAAUGAGGCCCAAGUCAAGACAAGAUAGACCGCCUGGGUCGAACACAUCAAAUACAAGUACAAGCUCAUCGACAAUAAGUAGCUCAUCUAGACCUAAUCAUUCGGCUAAUGACUUGAUGAGAGGUCAUCAUAAUCUGUCUACACCACUUGCUACCAUUGCAGGAUCACCUGACCGACCUGAUCUUACUGGUCAUCAAAAACGAAUAACAGAUCAAAUGAACCAAUCAAGGCCUAAUACACCGCAAAAACAAACUAGAGGAUUGAUGAUGACGACGACCAAUAGUAAUUCGAGAUUGACGAUGCCUACAAUUGCGAGUCGAUUGAAAGCGAAACCAUCGAUUGUACAAGACAAAUUAAAGAGAGGGAUCAGAAAAGUGUAUGGAGAUGGAACGGAAUUAGAUGAAUUUGAUGAUUUACCUACGAGUAAAGAAAAAGAAAGAAAGUUUACGACACGUGGGAAAGGAGAGAAUGUAAGUACGAUUGGAUUAGGGAUUAAGAGUAAGUUGAUUGAACAGAGGAAGGUGGAAGGGGCUAGAAGGCGAGCGGCUGCUAGAGCUGGACAUGUGCUUUCGGGUGGUAGUAAGAAAGGAUUGAUUAGACAGAUGAGUGAAAAUACUUUGGCUAAGAAGAUGAGAUGGAAUUCCCAUGAUUCAAGAUGGGAAGGUAAUGAAUCGAUUUUAAGAGCGUUUGAUAAUGUAUUAUCAUCAUCAUCAAGACCAGCAUUGAUCACACAACUUUCGACGAUCCCAUCAUCCGCAUCAUUUCAUCAUAAACCAGAACUUCAUCAUCAUUCAUCAAGUACGACGAGUGGGAUGAUCGGUAACAAAGCACAUAAUCAUACAGUAGGAGAGAUGGUCUUUGAUUCGAUUGCAAUGUGUUGGAGAUCUAGAGCACCUGAACAAGAGAUUCGAUUGGAGAUUGAAUUGGAUGAAUCGGAAGAAGAUGAACUGAAGUUGAUUGAAACCAUGGCUCCUCCGAAAUCUUCUUGUAGUUUGUCUUCUGGUUCGAAUUUGAUUAAACCAUUUAUGAAGAACCAAAGCCAAGGAUUCAAGAAUGAGUUUCAUCAGUAUCCCGAAUGUGUGAAACGAGCGAUUAUGGGUAUGAAUGGAACGAAUUCGAAUCAAGAAGAAGUUACGGAAGGAGGAACAGGAGAAGUGGGAACAUUGGUGAAUCAUCAUGAGUUUAAGGAAAUCGAAAGUUUGAUUGGGUUUUGGAAUUCGUGUGUUUUGGCCGAAGAAUCUAAUAGGAAAGAGUUGAGGAGUUGGAUUGGUAAGAAAAAGAAACGGGGUGAGGUGGGAUUUGGAGUGGGAGUUGAGGAAAGGAAAUAUUUGAUGGAAAUUCGAAAAGUUUGUUUCUUUCCCCCUUUUUUUUGA